GAGUCUUCUCAGCCCGGCACAGGCGUGUGGGCUUGAAAGUUCGCUUUUCUUGUUUCGGGACAAAAAGUGUGGCAGCCCCUCCGCCCCUCCGGGCGUCACAGGUGCAGGGCCCGGGCCACCGCGGCGACCGCGCUGCGUUAGAAGCGGGCCUUGGGCUCGGGGUCCUUGAUCUGGACCCCCAUCCCCGGGACGCGGGGGCAGGGACGGGAGCUCGCCCGCGUCGCCUCCCGGGACCGUGCUGGCUGCGGUGUUGCAGUCCGGGGACCCCCCUUCCCCAAGCCGGUGGGGACCCUCGGGCUCAGAAAGAUUUGUGUUCAACUUUAGAACGAAUACAGAGAAGUAAAGGACGUGAAGAAAAAAUCAGACACUUCAGAGAAUUUUUAGAUUCUUGGAGAAGAUUUCAUGAUGCCCUUCAUAAGAACCAAAAAGAUGUCAGAGACUCUUUUUAUCCAGCAAUGAGACUUAUUCUUCCUCAGCUAGAAAGAGAGAGAAUGGCCUAUGGAAUCAAAGAAACUAUGCUUGCUAAACUUUAUAUCGAAUUGCUUAAUUUACCUAAAGAAGGAAAAGACGCCCUUAAACUUUUAAAUUACAGAACACCCACUGGAACUCGUGGAGAUGCUGGGGACUUUGCAACAAUUGCAUAUUUUGUGUUGAAACCAAGAUGUUUGCAGAAAGGAAGUUUAACCAUACAGCAAGUAAAUGACAUUUUAGACUCAAUUGCCAGCAAUAAUUCUGCCAGAAAAAAGGACCUGAUAAAGAAAAGUCUUCUUCAGCUAAUAACUCAGAGUUCGGCACUGGAACAAAAGUGGCUUAUACGGAUGAUUGUAAAAGACUUAAAACUUGGUUUUAGUGAGCAAUCUGUAUUCUCUGCUUUCCAUAAUGAUGCUGCCGAGUUGCAUAAUGUCACUACAGAUCUGGAAAAAGUCUGUAGGCAACUGCAUGAUCCUUCCAUAGGACUCAGUGAUAUUUCUAUCACUUUAUUCUCUGCCUUUAAACCUAUGCUGGCUGCUAUAGCAGAUAUUGAGCGAAUAGAGAAGGACAUGAAACACCAGAGUUUCUACAUUGAAACCAAGCUAGAUGGUGAGCGUAUGCAAAUGCACAAAGACGGGGAUGUGUAUCAGUAUUUCUCCCGAAAUGGAUAUAACUAUACGGAUCAGUUCGGCGAUUCUCCACGGGAAGGUUCUCUUACACCGUUCAUUCACAGUGCAUUCAAAACAGAUGUACAGAUCUGUAUCCUGGAUGGCGAGAUGAUGGCCUUCAACCCUAAUACACAAACUUUUAUGCAAAAGGGGAAUAAGUUUGAUAUCAAAAGAAUGGUGGAGGAUUCUGAUCUGCAAACCUGUUACUGUGUUUUUGAUGUACUGAUGGUUAAUAAUAAAAAGCUGGGACGUGAAACGCUGAAAAAGAGGUAUGAAAUUCUUACUAGUGUUUUUACACCAAUACCAGGUAGAAUAGAAAUAGUGCAAAAAACACAAGCUCAUACUAAGAAAGAAGUAAUCGAUGCUUUGAAUGAAGCAAUAGAUAAAAGAGAAGAGGGAAUCAUGAUAAAACAUCCUCUAUCUAUUUACAAGCCAGACAAAAGAGGUGAAGGAUGGUUAAAAAUUAAGCCUGAGUACGUAGAUGGGCUGAUGGAUGAACUGGACAUCUUAAUUGUUGGGGGCUAUUGGGGCAAAGGUUCACGAGGUGGAAUGAUGUCUCAUUUUUUGUGUGCUGUAGCAGAGAAGCCUCCUCCUGGUGAAAAACCGUCAGUGUUUCAUACUCUGUGCCGUGUUGGUUCAGGUUAUACUAUGAAAGAACUGUAUGAUCUGGGUUUAAAAUUGGCCAAACAUUGGAAGCCUUUCCAUAAAAAAGCUCUACCAAGCAGCAUUUUAUGUGGAACAGAGAAGCCAGAGGUAUACAUUGAGCCUUGUAAUUCUGUCAUUGUUCAAGUUAAGGCAACAGAGAUUGUCUCCAGUGAUAUGUAUAAAACUGGCUGCACAUUGCGUUUUCCACGGAUUGAAAAGAUAAGGGAAGACAAGGAGUGGCAUGAAUGUACUACCGUGGAUGACUUAGAGCAACUUCGAGGGAAAGCGUCUGGAAAGCUUGCAUCUAAACACCUUGACAUAGGUGGUGAUGAUGAACCACAAGAAAAGAAGCGGAAAGCUGCCCCAAAGAUUAAGAAAAUUAUUGGAAUUAUCGAGCACUUGAAAGCACCCAACCUUUCUAAUAUAAAUAAGGUUUCUAAUAUAUUUGAAGAUGUGGAGUUUUGUGUUAUGAGUGGAACAGACAGCCAUCCAAAGCCUGACCUGGAGAACAGAAUUGCAGAAUUUGGUGGUUAUAUAGUACAAAACCCAGGCCCAGACACGUACUGCGUGAUUGCAGGAUCGGAGAACAUCAGAGUGAAAAACAUCAUUUCUUCAAAUAAACAUGAUGUUGUCAAGCCUGAGUGGCUGUUAGAGUGUUUUAAGACCAAAAGCUGUGUGCCGUGGCAGCCUCGCUUUAUGAUUCACAUGUGCCCAUCGACAAAAGAACAUUUUGCCCGUGAAUAUGAUUGUUAUGGUGACAGUUAUUUUGUUGAUCUAGAUUUGAACCAACUGAAGGAAGUGUUCUCAGGAAUUAAAAAUUCUAGCAAACAAACUCCAAGAGAAAUGGCUUCUCUGAUUGCUGAUUUAGAAUAUCGGUAUUCCUGGGACCGCUCCCCACUCUGUCUAUUCCGACAUUGUAUUGUUUAUCUGGACUUGUAUGCUGUUAUUAAUGACUUGAGUACCAAAAUCGAGGGAACGAGAUUAGCAAUUACAGCUUUGGAGCUUCGAUUUCAUGGAGCAAAAGUAGUUUCUUGCUUAGCUCAGGGAGUGUCUCAUGUAAUCAUUGGGGAGGAUCAUAGUCGUGUUGCAGUUUUAAAAUCUUUUCGAAGAACUCUUAAGAGAAAGUUUAAAAUCCUGCAACAAGAUUGGGUAACUGAGUCCAUAGACAAGUGUGAGUUGCAGGAGGAAAAUCAAUAUUUGGUUUAAAGCUAGCUUUUCUAGUGAGGAAAGCCUGUGAUCUUGUGGCCACAUUGUAACAUGUGGUCAUAAUAAAAUAUCAAACUAUAUUUUUAUCCCUUAAAAUUUAUGCUUAAAUAUAUUAGAUAUAGAAAAACAGUAAUUUUAACUUUUGAGAUAAGACACUGAAUGGACCAAAGUCAAGAAAAAAAAUUCAUUUUAACAGAGUAGUAUUUAAUGACUUUUAAAACCAAGAUGAGGGACACCUGGAUGGCUUAGUGGUUGAUCAUCUGCCUUUGGCUCAGAUCCUAUCCCAGGGUC